AAUGGGGUCACAGCAAAGCAUUGAAGGCCAUGAUUUCAUGGUUUUAGCCCAGCGCUACUUCAGGUAGACUAGCUGAUUUCUCCUCCAAUCGAACUGUGUUGUGUGGGUGUGUAGUACUAAACAUGGGCCCUGGAUGGAUUAGAAACUGGGAAUACCAAACGCCAAACGAACAUUUUCCUUUCCCGCCCCAGCUGAUACUCAUCUCUCUGUUUCUGAAGCCGGAAAGGAAGUAGCAAAUCGAAACUCAUAAGUUAGUCAUCCUUCUAUUCUGCUUAUACUGCGGAGAAUUUGCAUUUAGCUCCUUUACAAUGGCAACUCCAUCCCACGAUGAAUAUACAGAAUUUGAGGAGAAGAUGAAGAGGACAGUGUAUAUUGACAACCUCUCACCACAGGUCACUGCAUCUGUCAUAAAGGCCGCACUAGAGCAGCUUGGAGAAGUUGUAAAUGUUCAGUUUAUCCCAAACUAUAUAGAGUUGAAGGACAUCCCCCAGUGUGCCUUGGUGGAGAUGGCGAGUGCAAAGCAGGCUGAAUCAAUUAUCAUGGAGAUGACCAACUGCCCAUUCAUGAUGUCUGGGAUGCCAAGGCCUGUUAGGGCACGUGCAGCUGAAGUGGAGAUGUUUGAUGAUCUACCUGUAAAGCCUGGUCGAAGGAUACAGUGCCGAUGGGUGGACCCCAAGGAUCCAGAUUUUAAAGUUGCAAGGAAGCUGAAGUAUGCUAUCAGGAAACAGGCUGCAGAAGCUUCUGUAAUGCUCAAGUAUCAACUGGAGGAAGAGAAGAAGCUUGCAGAUCAACAAGUGGAGGUUCUUAAGGUAAAUUGCAAGAAGUAUGAUAUCAUAAACGGUAUCUCUUCUGAUGAUUUUGAUCGCUUGGCAGGCAUAUAUAAUAUGAGCCUUCCAAACAAUUGAUGGUAUUUUAACCAUGCUGAUAUUAAAAACCUGAUACAUGUUGCUUACUUGUCACAAACUUGCAAUUUAAGAAUUCCAAUAGAACUUUAUGCUGCAAAUCCAUGGUUUUGUAA